UAUCUCUCUUGUUUGAAGCAUGUGGCAGAGCCCCUCUCAACACAAAGAUCGUGGGGGGAAUUAAUGCGUCCGCUGGCGCUUGGCCAUGGCAGGUCAGCCUUCACGCGGAUGGAAGUCAUUUCUGUGGUGGAUCACUAAUCAACGAUCAAUGGGUUCUGUCAGCAGCUCACUGCUUUCCAGGGACUGAUGCUUCAAGCAUUACUGUGUACCUGGGGCGACAGUCUCAAGAACAACCCAAUCCAAACGAGGUGUCCAGAAACGUCUCUCAACUCAUAGUUCAUCCAAGCUAUGGCAAUGGACAAACUCAUAACAAUGACAUGGCUCUGUUGCAACUCUCCUCACCUGUGAACUUCACUAAUUACAUCGGACCAGUCUGUCUGGCUGCAGAGGGAAGCACUUUCAACAAUGACACGAUGUGGGUCACAGGUUGGGGAACCAUUUAUUCAGGAGUAUCCCUUCCUUCACCUCAAAUCCUACAGGAGGUGGAUGUGCCCCUGGUUGGAAAUAGUAAAUGUAACUGUCUUUAUAGUGGAACAAUAACAGACAACAUGAUGUGUGCUGGACUGCCGGAAGGUGGAAAAGAUUCCUGCCAGGGUGACUCUGGAGGUCCAAUGGUCAUCAAACAGGGCUCUACAUGGAUCCAGGCUGGCGUUGUGAGUUUUGGCGAAGGUUGUGCUCUGCCUCAAAUUCCUGGUGUGUAUGCCAGAGUUUCUCAGUACCAGCAGUGGAUCAGUGGACAAAUCGGACAGGACGGAGCUGGUUUCGUCACUUUUACCUCCACCGCUCCUCUUCCAGACGAGAUUGUGAACUGCCCUACUACACCGACAUUGUGCGGAGGUUCUGCAGGUGCAUGGCCAUGGAUGGCUACUCUAGCUUUUAACGGUUAUCCUAUGUGUGUAGGAACUUUGGUUCAUGACCGAUUCGUCAUGACCUCUGCUAGCUGCUUUUCCAGAUUCAUGGGUACGGAUGGAUGGACAGUGAGCUUCAAUGUUGUCCAGUGGGACUGUUCCAGCAACGUCAUGUCGGCUCGCGUGGCAAACGUCUUAUUCGAAGAUAUUUACGGCAAUGGUGUAGCACUUGUGGAACUGUCUAAUCCGUUUUAUUACACUGCCAAUCUUCCGAUUGACAUGUAUCAUUCAAGCUUUGGCCCUGGUACUCAAUGUUCAGUAGUUGGUUUGAAUUCAGGAUGGGAACCAUCUUUUCAGGAACUCCAGACCACCAUUGUAAACUGCGAUCCUUCAAGCACCUCACUGAUCAACAUCUGCACAGAGCAACUGCCUUUGAGCUUUCAGCAGAAUGAUAACGGCAUCCCCCUGCUGUGUAGAAUGAAUGACAUGUGGAUCCAGGCUGGCCUUUUGUCCAUUACCCCUGGGAGUGGCAUGAACUCGCAAUUCUCCAACAGCACAGUCUUCAUCAGGACCUCUCCCUUCGCCGACUUCUUGAUUAACACUAUCAGGGAAUACCCAUCUAUUCUGGAUGGGGUGGAGUCAUUCUCACCCCUCUCUCUCACCUGCAUCCUGCUGCUCUCUUUCCCAGCAGUCCUCCAGGCCAUUUAUUAAAGCUGUCAUCUGUCACUUUUAUCACUGAAUUAACUAACAUUAUGGGGGCAUUUAUAGAUUAUUUGUUUUUGCAUUAGUUAAUAAGUUUAAAAAAAUCCUGAAUUUGAAUAAAGUAAUUAAGGUGAAAUUUUGAACAGUGUAUAUUCCAAAUAAAACAAGCUAAGAGUGUAUUUUCAUUUAAAUAAAUUUAAGCUAUGAAAAUC